GCAGCAGCAGCCGCUGCCGCCGCCGCCGCCAGUCUCGACGGCGAUGCAAGCCUGAGCGGCGCCGUCUCCUCCUCCUCCUCCUCCUCUUUCUCCAGCCGAGCCUCCUUCCUCCGAAGCCGGCUUGCCUUCCUUCCCCGCCGCCGUCCGAGGAGCCCCCAGCGGCGCCGUUAUAUGAAAACCUCUCGCUAACCAUGACGGGGGUGUUAAAAAGAAAAUACAAUGAACUGGAAGACGACGCCCCCUACUUCUCCUCAUCUUCCUGCUCGCCUUUCUCUUCCUCCUCAUCGGCGUCUUCAGGCUGGGACUCAGACGAGGAAAACUCACGAGGAGGAGGAGGCGUCAAGCCGAGCUCGGCCUUGAGUUCCGAUUUCACUCCAACCUCCAUCCUGAAGAAAAGCAAACGGUUGAAGCGCAACAAUGUGGAGUUUGACCGGGUCACCGUCUUCUACUUCCAGCGCUGCCAGGGCUUCACCAGCGUGCCCAGCCGCGGGGGCUGCACCUUGGGCAUGGUGAGCAAGCACGGCUUCUCCCGGGAGUUCACGCUGGCCGAGUUUUCCAAGGAGCAAGAGGCCGUCCGGCGGGAGAAGCUCAAGGAGCGGUUGAAAGAGGAGAAGCUGGAAGCCCUGAAGUGGAAACUCACCAUGAACGGUACGAAGGAGUCGGAGGAAGCCAACCAGCUCACCACAGAAGACAUCUCUGACGAUGACAUUGACGCCGGCGCCACCGAGCUGGAAGAUGGCUUCUUCCUCCAGCCGUAUCCAGCCAAGAAGAGGCGGGCUCUGCUCAAGGCCAUGGGCGUCAAGAAGAUCGACAAGGAGGAGAAGAGGGAGCUCCAUAGCAUCCGCCUCUCCCGGGAAGACUGCGGCUGCGACUGCCAGGAGUUCUGCGACCCCGAGACGUGUAGCUGCAGCCUGGCGGGCAUUAAAUGUCAGAUGGAUCACACGUCAUUUCCCUGCGGCUGCACAAAGGACGGCUGCGGCAACACAGAGGGCCGGAUCGAGUUCAACCAAGCCCGGGUGCAGACGCACUUUAUCCACACCAUUAUGAAGCUGGAGCUGGAGAAGAACCAGCCCAGCCCUGAGAGGAGCCCGGAGCCCGAGCCCCUCUUCCGGGACCGGCUGCACCCCUUUGGGUGCCCCGUGGGCAAGGCGGCGUUUGAGGAGAGGACGGUGCCCCUGGCGCCCGCCUUCCAGUUCAGCACGGACCUGGAGGCCGUCGGCGAGAACAGCUGCAGCAGCGACAUGACCGACUCCUCGGCGUCGUCCAACCAGAGCGAGGACCUGGAGGAGCCCUACGAGGCCGCCCCCUCCGAGAAGUCGCAGUCGGACGUGGACGACGACGGCCUGGCCCGCAUCCUCCACUUCAACGACUCCGACACGGAGGACGACGACAGCAGCGCCGCCAGCAACUGCCAGGACAACCUGAGCUCCUUCCACCCCACCGGCUUCUUCAGCGUGGACGUGGAGAACCAGUGCGCCACCGGGAAGUUUGGCCCUGGCCACCCCUUGAGCCAUUCGGCGAACAUCACGGGGUGUUUGGACGAGAACGCCAACCAGGGGGUGAGCUGUUUUCUCGAGGAAACUUCGCCCAGGGCAGCACAGGCUGGGGGAGUUCCUUCCUGUCCCCCCUCUUCUUCCUCCUCCACCGCCGCCGCCUCCUCAGUGGAGCAAGGCUCCAGGAGCUACAUGGAUCUGAGCCUCUCCUCGGACUCUCUGGAUUUCUUCCAGUCCUUCUCGGACUACAACCUUGGACCUCUUUACAAUUCUUUGAAGGAAUACGAGAACCUGGACAACUUUUCGGCGCUGCAGCUCCAGUUGCCGAAUUUCCCGAGCUUGCCCCAGCCUGGGGAUCAGAGCCCGUGCUUUCUGGAGUCCCUCAUUGGCCUGUCCGAAUCUGUCCCAGAAACCCCGGCGCCUUUUACAGACAAUCAGCUCCUAGAAGAUGCCAUUAAAUCAUCUCUCAUGGAAACAGUGAAGGUUUAAAUGCUUUUGUUUUUUGGAAAACCCGAGGAGGGGGGAAACACCCGCGAGAAACUGCCAACCCCUUGUGCAUAAACACCCCUUCCCGGAAGAGAAGGAAAUGCCACAUCAUAUUUUGUUCCUUUUUUCCCAGAUACUUUGGAGGAAAACAAAACAAACUGCAGCCGCAAUCAGUUUUCUUGCUGUUUGUGCAAAAACUCUCAGCGU